AUGGUCAAAGCCGUCGCCGUCCUCCGUGGAGACUCCAACAUCAAGGGCACCGUCACCUUUGAGCAGGCGAACGACUCCUCGCCCACCACUGUGUCAUGGAACAUUACGGGCCACGACGCCAACGCUGAGCGCGGCAUGCAUGUGCACGCUUUCGGCGACAACACCAAUGGCUGCACGUCUGCUGGACCGCACUUCAACCCCCACAACAAGACCCACGGCGCUCCCUCCGAUGAGGAGCGCCACGUCGGUGAUUUGGGCAACUUCAAGACCGACGGCCAGGGCAAUGCCCAGGGAAGCGUUCAGGACAAGCUGAUCAAGUUGAUUGGGCCCGAUAGCGUUGUUGGCCGCACCAUCGUCGUCCACGCCGGCACCGACGACCUCGGCAAGGGUGGAAACGAGGAGUCCAAGAAGACCGGCAACGCUGGUGCCCGCCCUGCUUGCGGUGUCAUUGGUAUCUCCGCUUAG